AUGCAGACUGUAUCCAACCAACCGAAAGAGAAACCUAAGGCCGUACAAGUGUUUGGGCGGAAGAAAACAGCAACAGCUGUCGCUCACUGUAAACUCGGGUCUGGAACCAUCAGAGUGAACGGCAGACCAUUGGAUGUACUGGAACCACGUCCUUUGUUACCCAAACUAAUGGAGCCCAUCCUACUCCUUGGAAAACACGGAUUAUCUACUUUGGACAUCAGAGUUCGUGUCAGUGGUGGUGGUCGAGUGGCUCAGAUAUAUGCUGUCAGACAAGCUAUUGCUAAAUCAGUUGUAGCAUUCCAUCAAAAAUACGUCGAUGAGUGUUCUAAAAACAUAAUUAAGGAGAAGUUCGUUCAGUAUGAUAGAAGCUUAUUAGUUGCUGAUCCAAGAAGAUGUGAACCAAAGAAGUUUGGCGGCUCCGGAGCUCGUGCAAGAUACCAGAAAUCAUACCGUUAA